AUAAGCUCGAAUCCCUCUUGCAGUUUGUAGUGCAGAACUUCCCACCAAUAAGCCAAAAAAAGGCCUGUUAUAAGUUUAACCUAGUCGGUCAAUCAUUUCGAUCCCCAAUAUGAGCUUUUGGUACAUAUACCCACGGUAUCCCAGGAGGGGGAAGUUUGAGGAAAUAACCCGCAGAUUGCACCGGGUGCCAGAACUUGUACGAUUAAUCUGCCACCAUCUGCUUUUUAAUGCGUCUAUUUCUCUAAAGCGAGCCGAUCUAGCUGCAUUCCCGACGUAUACCAAGUUUUGCUCCCCGGAAGACCAUCUUUCCGAGUUCUAGCACUGGUUCCUUAGCUUCCCUUUCUAAUACCCAUGAAUAUUUAAAUCUCUUCCAUCCAUAUGGAUAAGGCCAAUUGUAACUCAUUAAGUUAAGAAAUAAAACCACAGGGUUUGCUUACAGUGGGCUCCGGGGUGUGAGAUAUCUGUCUAAUAAAACUUACAUCAAAAU